AUGUCUGGCACCACAGCGACUGAAGACCAAGCAAGCGACCAUUCAGCCCAGACCCGGCUAGAAAGAAGCGAAUUCCAACUCGACGUGACUGAGGAGCCUCCUACUCCCGACCAGCUCGAAAGCAUCAUUCAAUAUCUCGAGCCCUCCAAAAUACCUAUGAUAGUCAAGGGUGCGAGGACGCAAGUCGAUGCCAUGAAAAAACUCAAGGAGGAUCCGGAAAGCUUCCAAAGACCUGUUACUGUUGAUUGGGAACACGGAAGAGCUGUCACUGGGGACAAUGAGUCAGAGAUCUUGAAAAUGAUAGAGGGACUUGGGAAAAAAUAG